AUGCCUGUUCCUAUAAAAACAGCAUCAAUUCUUGGAAUACAUUCUGGCGCUGCCAAGGAAUAUCUUCUAUAUGACAUUUAUUCUGAGGCGUCUACUGUAGAGUGUCCUGUGCUAGAUCUCGAAAUGACAGACACCUACGACAUCGACAUGAACUCUAAUGAUUUAGACGCCAUGGUAGUGGAUGAGGUCGAUUCUAAACCGGCUGUCAAGCGGAAGGGACGUGGUUUUAAGAAUGAUUCAAGAGAAUCGCGUGAUGGUGUUCGUUCGUCUGACAAAUACGAUCAGUUUGAGUCAACUACCGAAGAAGAUGCUGCUGCUGGACGUGCUCAAAGAUCUGUAGAAGGAUGGAUUGUACUUGUGGUUGGUUUACACGAGGAAACGACCGAAGACGAAGUCACAGAUAAAUUCGCCGACUUUGGCGAGAUUAAAAAUUUGCAUUUGAAUUUGGAUCGGAGGACUGGUUUCGUCAAGGGCUAUGCACUUGUUGAAUAUGAAACCUAUAAAGAAGCAAAAAAUGCUAUAGAUAAUGUUAAUGGAUCAAAAUUUCUCGGUCAAACGUUACAUUGUGACUUUGCAUUUAUUCGACCUCCCCUUGGCAGUGGAGAAAAAGAUAGAGAACGUAGCAAUGUAAGGAAUAGAUUCAGUAGACGGCGAGGACGAUCCGCUAGUCCUACAAGGCGAUAA